AUGGAUUCGGUAAAGGUUGUGGUGGGGAGAUGGGCGAAGAAGGCCACUGAAGCAACCAAGAAGGGGCAAGAAUAUGCUGGAGAUAUGUGGCAAUAUUUGAAAACAGGUCCCAGCAUUGCUGAUGCUGCUGUUGGAAGAAUUGCUCAAGGAACCAAAGUUCUUGCAGAAGGUGGAUAUGAUAAAAUCUUUAGAACAACAUUCCAAACCAUUCCUGAGGAACGGCUUCUCAAGUCGUAUGCAUGCUACCUAUCAACUUCUGCAGGGCCCGUCAUGGGAUUACUCUACAUCUCAACUGCAAAGCUUGCAUUCUGCAGUGAUAAUCCACUUCCAUAUAAAGUUGGCGAUGAAAAGAAAUGGAGCUAUUACAAGGAAGAUGCGAAAUCCGAUGUGAGGCCCUAA